AUGGAGAGGGUAUAUAACAAGCUGAACCGAUUAACCAUCGCUGACUUUAAACAAUUGCUUACCGACCUGAAUAUCAGUCAUUCUCGUUGUAAAACAAAGAAUGACUACAUCAGAGUAUUUCUUAAGAAGAAAGCAAAGUCUGUGAAGCUAACUCCAAAGAAAAUGAUGAAAAAUCGCGCUAAAAUUUCGAAAGAAAUUAGAGAUUGAGAUGAAUCCUCAAUCAGCAGUUAUUACUCCAAAUGCAUCAUAGAAGAAAUGGAAGAUAAAGAUGUCAAUAAGGUAGAACAUUUCAUCAAGACAGUCAAGACUUCAAAGUCAAAGAGUCCUAAGCUUGGGAAAAGAAGAAGGAGCACCCCUAAGAAAACAAAGAAUAAAGCGGUAAAACAGCACGAAAAGCAAGAAGUGGUUUCUUCUUUCAAUGCUUUACCCUCUCCGAAAGCUACAAAGAGUAAGAAUAAAAGACACCAAAAGAAGAUUAAAGAGAAGCCUAAGUCCAGUAAGAGGAUGGUCACAAGAUUAGCUUCUUCUGUGAAUUCUACUCCUAGAAGAUUAGAUCCUAGCCCUGAUCCACCCAAGAAUGAGUAUCCUAAAGCUUCAUACAGAGGAGCUAUUGUUUCUGAGAUUAGUGAUGCAGUUCAUGAAUCAGAAGAAGAUCCUCCAUCAUUUUCUAAUGACAAUCCUGAACAUUUUAUUCAAAAUAGGGUGAGAAAGAGGAACGGAAGAUCCACGAUGGGAGAAAUGCAUGAGGGCACCCACCCAAAGGUUAUCAUGAAGCUUCCAACUGAGGAUAUUGAAGCUCAUGAUGACAGAAGAACCCCUCUUAAGAGGUUCAUUGAUGCACAACAAAGGAUCAUGACUCCAGUGAAGAAUUUUGCAUCAAAAGUUCAACGCAGAGUUGAAAGUUCCUACCUAAUAAAAUCUGAAUGGUUUGGGACGAUCUUUUUAAUAUGAAUUGUGUCUGCUUUUAUGCUGGCUGGAGCCAUUAACUUUGCUUCUAAAGUUCCGUUUGAAAACUAUAAAUUGCCAGGAAACCAUACUAUAAAGUACAUGGAAUGGAAUCCAAUAGAUGAAAUCUAUGACUGCCAACAAGGUACUGUCAGCGUCGGCCAUCUCUGAGCAGAUGAAAAUGAUCAAGCUUAUAUUGAUGAAGUUUUAGCAAUGAGCGGAGUUUUUGAUGAACUAAUCCAAAGAUAUGAUAAAUGAGUCGGCACUUUGAAAGAUAUCACUGUUCCUGUGAGUAAUCCAGCAAUUAUUAAGGAGAUCGCUAUUAAUCCCUACUACAGAUCGAGAAUAGAGUUUAAACAAUUAGAAGUUUAUAAGUUUACUUUCAGUCUUAAGGAAGAUUUCAACGUUAUUCCAACAUUGUUGAGUCGCAUAAAAUGUUCCUUGAGCAAUAUGAGUGCCUCAGGAAAUGGUAUGAAGAUAUUCUUAAUAUUCCUCUUCUUACUAGUUAUUGCAAUCUCUGCAUACAAAGUCGGUCAGCUUUUGCAAGAAAAUGAUACUAGAAUAGCCAAAAAAAUAUUCAAAUCAGUUCUUAAAGAGAUGCAGGAGAGUGGGCUUCACAGAAAUGGGCUGAAUCCGGACAAAAUUUACUUCUGGUAUUCCUCACAAACAAGUCUAACUAAAGAGGAGUUUGAUGAAAGAGUGCUACCUUUGAUCGAAGUCUAUUUCCACGAGUCUGACCUCAUCAGAAGCACCACCAACAGAACUGGAGUUCAAGUCUGGAAGCUUGUUGAAUAAAACAUUUUCUGAUAUUUCAACCAGUGAGAAUAUAUA